GCCACAGAAAUACCAUCUCUGUGAGUUUAUUAAAAGUUUGUUUAUUUCGUUUUUAGAGCCUCCAUAGAAGUAAAAACCAUUUACAAUGAAAGUAUUUAACUUAUAUAUCUUUGAUAAGUUUGGAACGUUAAUGUAUUAUGCCGAGUGGAAUCGCACCAAGAAAUCUGGAUUGACACAAGAGGAGGAGGCGAAACUGGCCUAUGGCAUGUUAUCUUCUUUAAAAUCUUUUGUUAGCAAACUAUCACCACAUGAUCCCCGGGAGGGAUUUCUUUACUAUAAAACCAAUAAGUAUGCUUUGCAUUAUUUGGAAACGCCUUCUGGUUUAAAAUUUGUUCUAAACACCGAUACAAAUGCGACAAAUGUAAAGGAACUAUUACAACAAAUCUAUAGCAAAAUUUGGGUUGAGUAUGUGGUGCGAGAUCCGCUGUGGACACCUGGAACUCCGGUCACAUCAGAAUUGUUUCAAACAAAAUUAGAUGAAUUCAUUAAACAAUCGCCAAUAUUCGGUUUAAGAAAUAUAUAAACACAAGUAAUUUAUAAAAUAGUA